GAUUUGAUCUGCGUCAUUUUUGGGUUCAACAACUAAAAAGAUUUAUCAAAAUGAAUGAACGGCGAGGAUGAAACACAUAUAUCACGGUGGGCCCCACAGAGCCAUGACAGGGCCGUUCGUCUCUGGCCAGGUCCUGGUGGGGGCAGUACCUAAUCCGCGCCCGUUCUUAGGGGUAUUAUUCGGCAAAAAUCCCAUUUCAAUGUCUCUGCACAGCAGCAGCAGCAGCUGCUGCGACCCAAACGCCAUGGAAACCAUCAUCCGAUUCUCUAAUCGCCUCUUUCCAAUCUCCACCGUCGAACAAUGCCUCAGAAACCCCAACAACCGUCGAUUCCCUCCCACCCAUUUUAUGGGUCCCGGCAGAAACCACUGCCUCAUCUCCAGAUCCCGAGCUCCAGAGCAGAACCGAGGAUUUCGUGGCAAUCUCAUCAGAAGAAAAUCUCCUUCUUCUUCAACAGCUUCUUCUGCAGGUUGGUUUCUGGGUCUUGCUGAGAAAAAACCAAUCUUGCCGGAAAUAGUGAAGGCAGGCGAUCCCGUCCUUCAUGAGCCGGCGCGUGAGGUUGCUGUAGAUGAAAUCGGGUCAGAGAACAUCGAGAAAAUCAUCGAAGACAUGGUGGCGGUGAUGAGAAAAGCUCCUGGGGUUGGUCUUGCUGCACCCCAGAUUGGAAUUCCAUUGAAGAUUAUUGUUUUGGAAGAUACAAAAGAAUAUAUAAGUUAUGCUCGGAAGGAAGCAACUGAAGCACAAGAUCGGCACCCUUUUGAUCUUUUGGUUAUACUAAAUCCGAAGCUUAAAAAGAAAGGCAACAAAACUGCACUAUUCUUCGAAGGUUGUCUGAGUGUGGAUGGAUUUAGAGCUGUGGUGGAGCGACACCUCGAGGUUGAAGUAACAGGUUUGGGCCGUGAUGGCCAGCCCAUCAAAGUACAUGCUGCAGGCUGGCAGGCGCGCAUAUUGCAGCAUGAAUGUGACCAUUUGGAUGGCACGAUUUAUGUAGACAAAAUGAUGCCGAGGACAUUUAGAACCGUGGAAAAUUUGGAUCUACCAUUGGCUGCUGGUUGUCCAAAGCUUGGCGUUCGAUAGCUCAUUCUGUUGAACAGCUCAGUCUGAAAUCUUGCACUCCAUGUGAUCUUAGGCACCAUUUUCACGGAAUAUUGGCUUCUAUGAUCGAUGAGAAGAUUGUUUUGGGAUCAUCAUUGGAAACUAGUAAUCACUAACAAUGUAUUUUGUGAAAUUUUUGUUUAUCGAAGCUUUGCGUGGGUUAGAAUAAAACGAACUUCAGCUUUUCUUGGCA